CAGAUAAAGUUGCUCCGCUGAAGGUGAAGUCCGUUCCUCUCCCCUCCGUGAUUCACACACGCCGACCGAUGACGGCGACCGGAGGGGGAGCGGAGACUUCUGACGUCAGAGGGGGAGAAUGACACGCGCGGGCCAAUCAGGGGCCGAGGAUGCUGCAGCGCGAGGACGGAGCCGCCGACAGAGGGCUAAUAACCAUGCCAACCGAGGAAUAUAGCGCGCGCCGCUGACUUAGAGGGGAGGAAAAAAAAGAAGAGGGGAAGAAACGAGAGAGAGAGAGAGAGAGAGCGAGUGAGGGGGGGAAGCCCUCCGAGAAGAACACCUGAGAUAACCGAGGACCAGACCGGAUCCUGGUUUCCUUCAGGGGGGGAAGAAGAAGACACGGAGCUGCUAUGAUUCUCUCGUUGGUGGCAGCUGCAGCCAUGAGUGGCGGCGGCGGCAGCCUCAACUCCUCCUCUCCCCUCGACCCCUUCGACUCCUCCACCUCCUGGAGCCUCGGUGAGGAUCCCUUCAACUCCUCCUCGGAACCGGUGGUUCGAACUCUGACCCCCGACCUCCAGCCGGCGACCACAGCCGUCGCCAUCCAGGAAGUCAGCCCCUGGGACAUUGCGCUCUGCGUGACCGGGACGCUCAUCUCCUGCGAGAACGCCCUGGUCAUCGCCGUGCUGUUCUACACGCCGACGCUCCGCGCUCCAAUGUUCAUCUUGAUCGGGUCGCUGGCGGUGGCGGACCUCCUGGCCGGCCUGGGCCUCAUCCUGAACUUUGUCUUCGCCUAUUUGGUCGACAGCUCGGUGGAGUUUGUGACUUUGCUGUCAGUCGGACUGCUCAUCUCGGCCUUCUCAGCGUCCGUCCUCAACAUCCUCGCCAUCACGGUGGACCGGUACCUGUCGCUGUACAACGCCCUGACCUACCACACUGAACGGACUGUCACCUUCACCUACGUGAUGGUGAUCUUCAUCUGGGUGUCGUGCCUCACGCUGGGCUUGCUGCCGGCGCUCGGCUGGAACUGCUUGAGGGACGAGUCCACGUGCAGCAUCUGCCGGCCCGUCACCAAAAACAACGCCGUGGCGCUCGCCGUCACCUUCCUCCUGGUCUUUGCCCUGAUGAUGCAGCUCUACCUUCAAAUCUGCAAGAUCGCCUUCCGCCAUGCGCAGCAGAUCGCGGUGCAGCACCAGUUUGUGGCCAUCUCCACCACCAAAGGCGUCUCCACACUGUCGGCCAUCCUGUGUGCCUUCGGGGCGUGCUGGCUGCCGUUCGCCAUGUACUCCAUCGUGGCCGACUCUAGCUACCCCGUGAUAUACACCUACGCUACGGUCCUCCCGGCCACCUGCUGCUCUGUGAUCAACCCCAUCAUCUAUGCGUUCCGAAACCCGGACAUCCAGAAGUCGCUGUGGAUGGCCUGCUGCGGGUGCGUCCCAUCCAACCUCUCCUUAAGACCCAGGACCUCCAGUGAUGUGUAGCAGGGUCGGUUGGUGUCUGUUUGGCACGACGCUAGACGCUGAGUCGGGGUUGUAGGAGGGCGAGGACGGGACGGGAGCGAGAGCCAGCGAGGAGAAAGGUUGAAGGUCACGGCUGAGGAAAGAGAUUUUCCUCUCCUCAUAUCAGGGCUGGAGGGCUGACGGUGAACGCUCGGCUGGCCACAGGAAAAGUGGCAGAUGAGGCAGAAGAGGACGGUGCAUGGUCAAAAAAAAAAACAAUAAAAAGGUAGAGCUAACAUAGAUCAUGUGUAGCGUGGAGGACAGAGCGACGGAGGCGGCGUGAAACCAACUGCAAAAGCCUGACUGAAGGUAUCCUUGUGGCGGUUGUGGGGACUGCAGAAGGGGGGCGUGUCCUGCGACCUCCUCCACGAUGCGAGAAGUGAGGCCUACUUCUCAAGAGUAGCAUAAACGUGAAGGUGAGAUUUACAAAGAAGUGUACUAAAUCUCCACAGGACCUGAGCUUGGGCAGCACUGCAUGGUUAUGCAAUCAGAAGGAGUGAAGCAGUCUUAAAAUACCGUCUGUGUUUUCACUGAUGUGUUUGAAAUUAAGUGGUGUGUGGAUAAAAAUACAACGAGCUAAAUAUACACAAUGAAUGACCUUGAGUAUUCUCAGUGAGCUACCUUUGCAGUCUUCUCCUGUUUCUAAAAAAGAAAAUAUCCUCCCUUGAAACAUUUUUAACAACUAUGUUCCCUUGAUCUGAUGCAGAUUAAGUAACUCAUGAGCCCAUUCUGACUUUUCCCAACGCCAGUCAAAGACAGAAUAUUACUGCAUGAAGUCGCAGCAAAAUAUGUCACGAUUCGAAGGAAAAACAACUGCUAAUCGCAUGCCAUCCCCCCUCAAACAAAAUCUAAUCUAGCAGACUCCGAAUGCACACAUAACCCCGGCGGGUUUGCGAAAAACCUAGAGAGGGAUUUCCAUUCUUAGGCGGGCAUGUGUUGUCCUUGGCGCGAUGGAAUCAAAUCUGCUCUGCGUCGGAGAAAAAUGCUGUUUUUUUUUCUCGGGCUGCCGCUGCGCUGCGACUGUGGAGCAGAGAGGAGCUGAAUCCAGCUCCAAGGACAGCGGCACUGCAGAGCGCCGCUACCCUGGGAAUGCUCUCUGCUGUAGGGGGGAGAGAGCGCCGGAAAGUAGGCUACGCUGUUCUCUACACCGCCUCGACAGGGGAUGAGGGGUUUUAAAGGACCAUCUUCCAACCCAUUCGGUGCUAAUUGGCUGCUUUCUCAUGAUGGUUGAAGGUAUUUCUGACUUUUUUUGCCUUUAAGAGACAAACAACAUUAAUAUGACUAAAUGUCCAAAAAACUAUAUUCUUGUACAGCUCAACUGCAUUCGCGUUUGAAUUUUCAAAAGAAUGUAGCAGACAAGGCGUCCAGCUUGAAGGUGGCUAAUUAAGUCAUCACCAGGGGUUAAGUUUCUGCACCAAAAUCUGCAACUACACAGCUAUGUUUAGGAAAAUGUGAUGUUUUGGUCGAAGCUUGGUGAUGUUUAGGCACCAAAACUGGUCAGCUAGCAUGAUUUGGGGUUAAAAUCAGACCGAUUUUUAAAGCUUCUCCUCCACUUUCAGGAUCACAUCACAUUUAAUAAAUGGCUGGUUUCACUGAAAAGCAAUAAAACAAACAGCAAAGAUACACUACCAUUCAAAAAUUUGGGGUCACUUAGAAAUGUUAUUUUUGAAAAAAAAGAAAAAACCAAUAUAUUUUUAUUAUUAUUAUUAUUAUUAUUAUUAUUAUUAUUAUUAUUAUUCUAUAAAACGAUUUCAUCCCAAAACAGAAACAUAAAAGGACAAUUUGAGCAGGAAGUCACCUUAAAAUCCCACUCGUCAAUAUUGUGCUUUGUGUUGAGAACAUUUGCAGACAGAUGUUUAUUAAAUUAGACCAUAAAACUACACUUAAAAUACGACAUCUCUAAUUGAUUAAGCUUGAAAUUUAUGUCAAAUAAUUGGUUUAUUUGAAUUCAUGGUGUGCUUAGAAUCAACAAAUUUAGUAAUAGUUAGAUUUGACAUCUCAUUUUGGAAUAAAAAAACAAACUAAAAAACAGUCACCAGUUCAAAUUUUGAACUUUUUUUUAAAGGCUUGCUUAAAUUGCAUUAAAAACAACUCACGUUGUGGAUUUUGUUAAUUAAGUGUUUUGACACAUAGGCUACUGUUCAAAAGUCUGGGGUCACUUAGAAAUGUCCUUAUUUUUGAAAGAAAAGCAGUUUUCUUUUUCAAUUAAGAUAACAUUAAAUGAAUCAGAAAUCCAGUCUAGACAUUGUUAAUGUGGUAAAUGACUAUUCUAGCUGGAAACAGCUGAUUUUUAAUGGAAUAUCUCCAUAGAGGUACAGAGGAACAUUUCCAGCAACCAUCACUCCUGUGUUCUAAUGCUACAUUGUGUUAGCUAAUGGUGUUGAAAGGCUCAUUGAUGAUUAGAAAACCCUUGUGCAGUUAUGUUAGCACAUGAAUAAAAGUGGGAGUUUUCAUGGAAAACAUGAAAUUGUCUGGAUGACCCCAAACUUUUGAAUGGUAGCGUAGGUUAAUGUUAAACAUAUUUGCAAUGCAUGAAACAAAUUGGUCGGAAAAAAGAUGUGUUUCCACCAAAAUGUGAUUGAAGAUGCAGGAAUGUACAGCUUUUAUUCUGAAAUCACUUCCAGAUCCUACUGGAAUCUGGAAGCUUUACCUCAUCGCAACUACAAAAAGAACAUCUAAUAUCGAGACCUGCCUUCUUUGAGAAUCAUCAAUCAGAACUUUCAUGCCUAACUUGGAACAACUGUCAUGUUAGUUUGCUGGAUUCAAGAUAAUUACUUAAAUUGAGGCACGGAAACCGACUCCCAUCACAAUCAGACUGUCUUUAAAUGUCUACCUGAGUGCGACCAUGACGCUGUCUUUGCUUGAAUCCCAGCAGCAGAACUUAUGGACAGAAAAAACAAAUACAACAUGUGGUAAACAAUGCAUGUGUAAAACAAGCCUUCUGUGUUUAUCUGCAUCGGCAUGACUCUGUUUAGGCCACAUGGCUCUAAAUUUAGAGGCAGCACUCUGGCUCCAUUUCCCGAUUGAUUCUACAUUAGCUCGAUCUAUACCGAAUGGCUCAUUUUUCAUCGGCUACAGUAUAUUUGCAGUUGUAUUGCAUUAAUGCAAAUUUUCUGUGCUUGCACUUAGUCCCGUAGAAUGCAUAACACAUUCAGGAGAAAUUAAAAUCUACAAAGAGGUUGUAAAAUACAGGUUCCUCUGGUUUGUGUUGCUCGCCUUCCUUCCAUUUUCAUUUCCCCGCUUGCAGCCUGUAGCUGGAUAUUUUCCUCGACACACUCUCCCUCUGAAGAAUAUCGCCGCUGUGCCCCGUGGCCGCUCCGACGGCUCGGCGGGUUAAUGAGAAAUGAGAGCGUUGAGGUGACGCGGCGUGAAAUAGAAACGCCAAGCGAGACGGCGCUUGAACGUAACCCUGGGUCACGUCCACCGCAAACCCAAUCAGGACGGCAUUAUUCCCUGCUGAAAGGGCAACGUGUAAGUUAAAUCCAGCUAAUGUUAACAACGUUUCCGUAAUAAUGGCGCUGGGAGUUGGCUUAAUGUACAGAGGACGUAGCGGUACGGCGUGAGGAUGAACUGCAGAGAUUCAUUGCCAACCUCCAUCUGCAUUUAAAUGAUCUGCAGAGAUAGAUUUCACUCUGAACAACCUCACGGGGAGCUACCGCGACUAAGCUGCCGGCUAAUAUACACUACCGUUCAAAAGUUUGGGGUCACUUAGAAAUGUCCUUAUUUUUUUCAAUGACGAUGACAUUAAAUGAAUCAGAAAUCUAGACAUUGUUAAUGUGAUAAAUGACUAUUCUAGCUGGAAACAGCUGAUUUUUAAUGGAAUCUCUGCAUAGGGGUACAGAGGAACAUUUACAGCAACCAUCACUCCUGUGUUCCAAUGUUGCAUUGUGGUACAAAAAACGGAGUUGUUAAGCAAGUUUGAAGCAAAUCUUUCCAAUGUUUUAAAGGAAAAUGCAAACUUUGCUUGUUUGCAUUAGCAGAUUUUGUGUAUCUUGUAUUUUCCACUAUUCAACCCUCUUCUGUUGGAGUAUAAACGUCCUUUAAGUUCGGAAAAAUGAGUCAAAUGUACAAAUAAGUUUUGACUAAUCUGUGUGAACUCAUGGUUAGAUUAGUUACCUAGCUAAGAAGCAUGCUAACCGGCUAAUCCACCUACAAAAAAGUCUUUACUGAACACAGUUAUGUUCAAUUCAGACCAGAAAAUGACAAAUGAAGCAAACAGCUCAGUAAACAGGAAACAGAAAGAAGCUUCACAAACUAUCAUGACCAAGUAGCGUUAGCAUGUUGCUAGCUGGCUAGCAUGUGGAAGCGACAGCGGUUCACACCCAAAACGCCAUGUUUUCAUGUAGCUGUUAACCAAGUUUGAAGCAAAUCUUUAAAAAUUCAAAAAGGAAAAUGUUAAUUAUGCUUGUUUGCAUUAGCAGAUUUGGUGUAUCUUGAAUUUUCCACAACUCAACCCCAUUCUGUUGGAGUAUAAACAUCUUUACAAUGAAAGAACAGUUCACAGAAUGUUCUGAAAAACGAGUUUUUGUGUCUGGGUGAACCCAAACUUUUUAGCGGUUGUGGACACGUGUAGGAGGUGUUCUGGCUUUGGGAAAAUAGUUUAUGGAAACUCUAUGGGCUGUAGAGUUUGAAGCUAUAUGACUACAUUAAAAAAAAAUAAUAGGGAGUUACUUCCAAAUUCAAUGCUUUCUACCAAAUAAAUCACAACAGUAGGCGAAAGCAAACACAAUGAAACUUUGAAAAUGGCGCACAGGAGAAGCAGGUACUAAGAUCCUGUUUUUUUUUCUACAGUGUAAAUUACAACCUACAGUAGAGGUGUUUUCUAUUUUUCUUGGCAGGAGCAAACAAUCAGUUGUCUUUGCAGCAGUUGUUAGCAGAACAACAGCUACACCAGUUUCUGUCAGAGAUUUUCUUUCAAAAGACAGAUUCUCUUUUUUUAAUUUGUGGGUUUUUUUGGCCUUAUUGGAACAAAAACUCCUUCGCAAUAACUGUAUUUUGCUGUGUACAAAAAGCCACAAUCGAGCAAUGGAGAGAAAAAGAGAAGUGGUCGGCUUGGAGGGAUUUGCAGAAUAGCUUAACGUAAACAUUUCAGAGCAACAAAUUGCAUAUCGUACUGUAUUUAAUAUUGCCUGACUGGGAAUUUCCAAAAUGCAUUUCAGCUGAAGUGAAUCAUGGAAGUAGGACAAAUCUAAAUAUGAAGUAAAUGCUCCAUUUCCAUUUAUAGAUGGUUUACUGCACACAGGAAUCUUGCAAUAUAAUUGAAUGUUCUCUCUCGCUAAAAUAAGCCUAAAUGGCAGAUGUUUAACGAGCGUGUCGUUGUAGAAUUUAAAUGUAAAUUCUGAGGAUUUCGGGAUCCAACAAGUUGCCGCUUCGACCACCUCUCUCGCUCUCUCUGCUGCUCAAUCACUGCAUUGAUAGAACUGCCUAAUGCUAAACCGCCUGCAUCAAUUAUUAAGUGAAAUACCUUCAAUUGCUCCAAAACAUGAGCAGGAUGGAAUUUGUUGCUUUCGAGAAGCUUCAUGAACUGUAGCACUGUGCGAGCGGGGCGAAAGUAAUUGAUCGCUGAGAGUUAAUUGGACGUAUUUCACGAUGGGAAACUGAUGCGGAUCCUAUUGGCACACAGUUCUCCUGUAUGCACUAUGACGUGUGAGACUUGCCUGGUCACGUGUUUGGAAAUGCUAGAUGGGACACGCAGAACAAUUAAAAAUCGAGGUUAAAAUCACAUCCGGUACAGUUCAGUGCAAAACAGUUCCUUUAGACGUCAGAUCUGCACUUUGAUGUAAGUUAAAAAUGUGACUAAACCGCUGUUAGCAUCAUGAAGUAGAAUUGGAUCACAAAGAAGUCUGAUUUUGUAGUUUGUUUAAGCCUUUGAAUGUGCCACACAGUGACGAAUUACAUGGAAAAAUGUCAGAAAUUUAGUCGCCAUUUUUAUCAUAAGCUCUUGAUUGUUUGAAAAGCUGUUGACUCCAGUUAAAGGGUGGGAAUGGAGAUGAAUUUUGACACUUGAAUGCUGCCUUCAAAUGGUGUUGACUGUGGUCCAAAUUAACAGACACCUCCUGAGUAGAAGUUUUCUAAAAGCUCCAUGUUUGCAAGACAUUUGCUGGUAUUUACAAAAAUAAAAAAGCCUUGGAAGUCGGCAUAUCAUGUCGUAAUCACAAUCCACAAAUGUUCCAUUUGAAGGUGUAAAAUUGGUCGUCGAACAGGCGGCCAGAGAAUCCAAAAUGGAGGAAGCUAGCAUAGCCUUUUUACUUUGCAUUUUCCACUCUUCAGCCCUCUUGGAGUAUAAACGUCUUUACAGUGAAAGAACAGUUCACAGAAGUUUCUCAAAAACAAGUCAAAUGUACAAAUAAGCUUUGACAAAUUUGUGUUAACUCAUAGAGAGUUACCGAGCUAGCUAAGAAGCAUGCUAACCAGCUAACCCACCUUAAAAAGUCUUUACUGAACACAAUUAUGUUCAAUUCAGACCAGAAAACGACUAAUGAAGCAAACAGCUCAGUAAACAGGAAACAGAAAGAAACUUCGUAAACUGUCAUGACCAAGUAGGAUUAGCAUGUUGCUAGCUGGCUAGCAUGUGGUAGUGACAGCGGUUCACACCCAAAAAGCCAUGUUUUCAUUAAGCAAGUUUGAAGUAAAUCUUUCAAAUGUCAUAAAAUUAGGCUCAUUUGCAUGAGCAGCUUUGGAGCUAAUAAACUGUGCUGCACAGUGUGGUCAGAAGGUGGCGCUAUAAAAGCUCUGACUAGAGAAAAAUUGUGAAAAGUCUUUAGCGAGUUCUAUUUAAUGUGAAAAGAUGUAAUUAUUUUUGGCAUCUCAGCUGAUAUCGGGUGUUCAACAACGGUGUUUCCAUCACCCAUGUUUUUUUCCCUGCAAAUUAAAAUUCAUCUGAAACUAGUGGAAAAAACAAGUUUAGCUAUUUUCAUGAAAAUUAUCUGAUGCCAGACUUGAAAUUGCACAUAAAUACACAUUAUGUUCAGUCAUUUGGUGACUUCUGAAGUCUGUUUUGGACAAAAACAUUCAAGCUAAAUGAGAAAUAAAAACAUCUUAGCUGAUUUUCAGCCAGUACAAAUGUCAGCUACGUGGCAUUUUAUCAGAAUAAACAAACUCAAAAUGUUUAUUUGAUCCAAUUCUGCAGGAAAACCCAAAAAGGGAAACAAACAACCAAAUCAGCAGCUAAAUAAAACUGACUGUUGAGCUGAUGUGAAUUUUACACAUUUGUCCCAUCUGGCAUGUCCAUCAAGCGGUUGUUUAACAAUUAAUAGCACUCAUCUGUGAAUACGCCACUACUCAGUCAACCAUUCCUGGGCAGGAGUGGAGUGACCACUCACUGUGUGUGUGUGUGUGUGUGUGUGUGUGUGUGUGUGUGUAUGAGUAAAUGAUUGUGUGUGUUGUCCACCCGGGAUCAUAGCCAAUUGUAAUGAAUCAUAACUCAACCCAACUCUCACUGUAAACACAAACACACGCCGAAUGGUUUCGUCAGCCGCUAUACAGGACUAUAAUUCAACUUUAAAGAAAAAAAAAACAAACGAAAAAAGAGAAACUACUGUUACAAGUGAGUAUGUGUGUGUGUUAUUUUUCUUAUGCAACGCUGUACAGAAAUGUAUAUUUUUGUAAUGUUCAUCAGGGGCAUGAGUUACAGGAACAUGGGCCGCUGCUGUGAGUCUGUUGUGAGUGUGAGUGGGUUUCUUCCUCUUCUUCUGUGUUCUUCCUGGAAACAAAAGUUUAUUGUGUCGGGACAUGCUGAAAAAGUGCCAUACUUCUUUGACUUUCUAGUGUCUUAUUUUUUUUGUGUGCAUACACGUUUAUUGGAGGGCGACGUCUUCAGAGUCCGAAUCAGUGGAUCUGUAUACAAAAAUAAAAGCUAACAACGCGAUAAAGACAGAAGAAAAAAAACAGACUGUGAUGUUAUUGAUCACUACACUGAGCAAACAAGAAAAAAAAACUAAUCGCCACUUGAGAGAGCUAAAAUGUCUGCAGAGACGGAGGCGGCACGUUAGCAGCGUUGUACGUCAGAGUCAGGUUUCCAGUGACGUCAUAUUGUCUGAGUCGUGUCUAAAAGAGAAGCAGGUCGUUUCAAAGACAUCCCCUCCUCUUCCUCGCUUUUUUCCCUCCUCAUCAUCCUUUCAAACACUGUCCUCUUCGCAGUUUCAAACAUUCCCCCUUCUCUCUCCCUUUUCCCCCUCCUUCAGCAUCAUUCUCUCACUUCUUCGCAUCAUUAGUCGGUCGUUUUCUAUCCUCGACACCUUCAUCUCUUUCUGAUCUCCUCUUUCUCCGUCUAAAAAUCUUGCUAUCGUCGGCCUGCAGCAGCUAGUCGGUCAGGCACAGUCUAAAAAUAGUUCCCCUGAAAGCAGAUUAAAAAAGAAAAGGAGGUAAAUAUAUAAAAAUUCUUCUUUUUCUUUUUCAUCUGUCCCUGUUAACUUUCAUUUUGCCCUUGUGUCCUUUGCUCUUCCUUUUCUAUUUUUAUACCGUCUCCUCUUCCUUCUUUUUUUGUUGUUGUUUGUGAGCACAAGUAUUUACAUAAAGUGUUUUUUUUUAAAAAGCAGGGUUUGGGGUGAGUGCCUACAGUAAAUAAGUCAGUCAGGAGAGGUUUCCCCUUUGUGACCUACAACCAAGCAGAGAUUGUCAAUCAAAAAAGAAAACAAACAAAAGCAAAACCAUUACAGAGCUAAUUUUCUAUCGGACCGAGUAUGGCCUUCAUAGAAAAACAUUGUUUUAUGCAUCGAUAUCGUCGGAUGAGAAGCAGCACGUGUGCACAAGCAUCACUUGUUUUAAACUCCUCGAGGCGAGGGUGAUAUUGGCUAACGAUACUGUGAUGUCCUGAUACAGUGUCCUUGAAUCAUGUUUUGUUUACUUUAUUGUCAUUAUUACUACUGUGCUUUCUCUUUGAUUUCCUCUUCCGAAGUUUGUGUCGUGAAACGAUCGAUUAAAAAGUACAAAAUGCACUUUAUAAGAUGGACAUGUUACACAUUGCACUUGUAAAUGUCGAAUGUAAAACCUUGAAGAGAAAGAUUUAUUUUUACUAUUGUAAAUAAAUGAGAAGAAAAAAGACUGCAAAAUAAAAAAAAAUGGGAGAAUAAUUUGCCAAAUAAACCGAGAGCAACAAAAGAACAAA